UACUCUACACUCAUGGAACUCCAAAUUUCAGUUGCAGUUGCAGUUGCUUUGGCUGCAACCCUGAUAUUGGCAUGGAGAAUACUGAACUGGGUAUGGUUGAAGCCAAAGAAGCUGGAGAGGUGCUUGAGACGACAGGGUCUCUCCGGUAACCGAUAUCGGCUUUUUUCCGGAGACCUUAAUGAGAUGUCCGACAUGUUAAAACAAGCUAUGUCCAAGCCCAUUAAACUAACCGACGAUAUUUUCACUCGGGUCUCCCCCUUCUUCUGCAACAUGAUGGAGAAAUAUGGAAAAAAUUCUUUUAUGUGGUUCGGAAUGGUGCCGAGGGUGACUCUAAUGAACCCAGAACAUAUUAAACAAGUACUAAUCAAGACCAAUGACUUCAAGAAGCCAAGUGUGAACCCUCUGGCCAGAUAUCUGCUAUCGGGAAUUGUCUCUCACGAGGGUGAGAAGUGGGUCACUCAUAGAAGAAUCAUUAAUCAAGCGUUUCUACUGGAGAAGCUCAAGGAUAUGGUGCCUGCAUUCCAAAAAAGUUGCAGUGAUCUGGUCAGUAAAUGGGAAGAGUUGGUUUCUGUGGAGGGAUGUUGUGAGUUGGAUGUAUGGCCUUACCUCACAAAUUUGACAAGUGAUGUGAUUUCUCGGACAGCAUUUGGGAGUAGCUAUCAGGAAGGCAGAAGAAUUUUUCAGCUCCAAGAUGAACUUGCAGAACUUACAAUACAAUCUCUCCGAUCCUUUUAUAUUCCAGGAUGGAGAUUUGUUCCAUCAAAGCUUAACAAGAGGCUGAAGGAAAUUAACAAAGAAAUAAAAGUUUCACUAAGAGGAAUCAUCAGCAAAAGAGAACGUGCAAUGAAAGCAGGGGAGUUUGCAAAGAAUGACUUGCUAGGUAUACUUUUGGAGGCCAAUUCUAAAGAAAUUCAAGAACAUAGAGAUAACAAUAAUAGUGGAAUGAGCAUUGAUGACGUGAUUGAUGAGUGCAAGAUAUUUUACUUUGCCGGCCAAGAGACAACAUCUGUAUUGCUUGUUUGGACAAUGGUUCUAUUGGCACAACAUACAAAUUGGCAAGCUCAUGCACGAGAGGAGGUUUUGCAAGUCUUCCGUAAAAAUAAACCCGACUUUGAUGGACUGAAUCAGCUUAAAGUUGUAACAAUGAUCUUGUAUGAAGUUUUAAGGUUCUAUCCACCUGUUGUGGCACUUACUCGAUUAGUUGACAAAGAGACGAGACUUGGAGACUUGGUACUACCAGCUGGAGUGGAAGUCGCUCUGCCAACAAUCCUAAUCCAACGUGAUCCUACAUUUUGGGGUGAGGAUGCAGGAGAGUUCAAACCAGAGAGGUUUGCCGAUGGGGUUUCAAAGGCUGUGAAGAACCCAGUUGCUUUCUUCCCUUUCUCAUGGGGUCCUAGGAUUUGUGUUGGCCAAAACUUUGCUCUAAUAGAAGCAAAAAUGGCUUUGUCAAUGAUGUUGCAACAUUUCAAAUUCGAGCUUUCCCCAUCCUAUACUCAUGCACCGUACUGGGUUAUUACCAUGCGCCCUCAACACGGUGCCCACAUGAUAUUACGCAAGAUCUAG